GGCGGCGCCGGCUCCGCGCGGUCACGUGUCCCCAACAGCCCCGCUCGCUCCACGCUCCGCCAUGGCUGCGGCGGCCGCCGCCGGCUCCCUGCUCCUGUGCCUGCUCGGCCUGGCGCUGCCCGGCGGCAGCGCGCUGCACACCAAGGGCUCCGUGCCCCUCGACGCCAUCACCUUCUACAAGGUAAUUCCAAAGCAUAAGUUUGUCCUUGUGAAGUUCGAUACUCAAUAUCCUUAUGGCGAGAAACAGGAUGAGUUUAAAAAGCUGGCAGAGAGCUCAGGCUCCAGUGGGGAUCUUCUGGUGGCUGAGGUGGGAAUAUCAGAUUAUGGUGAUAAACUGAACACUGAGCUGGGAGAAAAGUACAAGCUGGAUAAGGAGAAGUUCCCUAUUUUUCACUUGUUCCAGGAUGGUGACUUUGACAAUCCUUUACCUUACAGCGGCCAAAUCAAGGCUGGGGCUAUUCAGCGCUGGCUGAAGAGUAAUGGCAUCUAUCUGGGGAUGCCAGGCUGCCUGAAAGAGUAUGAUAUGCUGGCCAGCAAGUUUGUGAGCACCACUGAGAAAUCAGAGCGCCAGUCCCUCCUGAAAAAGGGGCAGGAGAGCUUAGAAAAGGCAAAAGAAACUGAGAAGAAGUCAGCUGAGCAAUACUUGAAAAUCAUGAGCAAGAUCCUGGAGCAGGGAGAAGAGUUUGCUGCUAAUGAAGUGGUCCGAAUCACAAAACUGAUCGAGAAGAACAAAAUGAGUGAUGGGAAAAAGGAGGAGCUCCAGAAAAGCCUCAAUAUCCUUGCUUCUUUCCUGAAGAAGAAUAAUGAAAAAGAUGAGCUCUAAUAUGUUGGGGAACUUUGUACAAGCUGUGAAACAAUGUCAAAAGUCCUAACCAGUUCUCCUUAUGCAAGCAAACUUCCCACUGGCUUCAAGAGAGCAGCAGAUUUCCUUCUGGUAUUUUCAGUUUAGAAGAUCAAGAGGAAGAUGUUUCUUAAAACCACAGUAUUCUAAAUGUUGGGAAAAUCACCUUAAAACAAGACGACAGUAUUGUGUAAUACUAUUCAAUAACAGUGUUAAAGCAGACAACAAAGAAAGCACUAGACUGGCCUGAAGCACAUUCCUGGUGGUUUUUACAACUGUUCCCUGGCAAAUUAAUAACAAAAUUUGGUCUCACAUUCCAUCUUACAUGUUGUUAAAGGUACAGAUUGGGUGCCCCUUGCAUCUCCACCUUCCCCUGUCCUUAGUGUCCGUGGGGUUUAUUCUCAUUAGCCUACUCCUCCUGCCACCCCUUGUUUUCCCUGUAGAGCUCCUUCUCUGAGUGUUGUUUUCCUUACCUGUUGUAGACUGAGAGACCUGGAGUUUCCCUUUCCUGCCUUCUCCUGCAGUGGCUCCUGUCUCUGGCUUGGGUACCAGCCAAAUGCUGGUAGUGAAGAGGGGUCCACGUAUCAGAACCUGCCCCUCAUCUUCUGGCCAGAGCAGCCAUUUCAGCAAACAUUGUGGUACCCUGACAGAGUGAGUGGUUUUUGCUCUGAGCAAGGGCAGAGGCUCCUUGAGGUGCUAUUACAUUUAGUCUCGCCAGUUCAUGCAAAAUCAUGUUGUUUCAGAGGUACCUUUGGGUGAGUUUCCUUAUGCUUGAAGAGCACAUGCAAUGCCUGAAUAUUCUGCCUGUCCUUCCCAUCCAAGCUUCAUUUCCCAGCUUCAAAACAAGGGGGUGAGACCAGUACGGACAUCUGCAAGUCUCAAGCCAUAGUGAACAUGAACGCAAUUCUCCAGCCUCAUCUUCAGAAGCAACUGACACUCGAACUACAGCUUCAUCAGCAUUAGAAGUACUUGAAAAUGAGGUCUUGUUACAGGAACCAGAAGUAUUUGUGUCCUUAGGAUCCCAUCUGUGUUACUUUAAUGGCGAUGCCUGGCCUAGGGAUCAGGUCAGUCCUCAGAUCUCGAUGCUGCAUGUGCUGUUCAUGCUGUGUGGAACUUGGAUGGCCACUGGAAGAUGCUGUGCUCCUGAUCAGGGCUGUAGAGAGUUGAAAAGAGACACAUCUGUGUGUUUUACCUGAAGAUUGUGCUUUUGGCUGAGCAAAACUGAUUCCUGUGGGAGCUUUGCUGCCUUUUGAAUCCUGGGGUGGGUACAAGGAGCAAGAUACUGCUGCAAGGUAAAAUGUAUUAAUAAUGCUAUAAUAAAAAGGUUGUUCCAAUUAA